AAUUUACAUACUAAGCCCCGCCCGCCGUGGCGAGCAUGUUCGUGCAUCCACACGGGAUCAUCCGCGGAAAAGGAAGAUAAUCACAGGCUGUCAGAAAAGUUUUCCUGCCGGGAAAGCAUCGGGCUCGAUCGGGCAGAGGACCGCCGGAGGAUCGCGCUCUAAGGAUUGUUAAUUAUCACAAUAAACUGUAUUCAUCAUGGACGCGCUUAAAUCCGCCGGGCGCGCGAUCAUUCGCAGUCCCAGUCUGGCUAAACAGUCGUGGACCUCUGGAAAACAUAAAAAGCUGCCAGAGAACUGGACAGACACGCGGGAGACGCUGCUGGAGGGGAUGGUCUUCCAGCUGAAGUAUCUGGGCGUGACGCUGGUGGAGGAACCCAAAGGAGAAGAGCUCUCAGCCGCUGCUGUCAAGAGAAUCGUUGCCACAGCUAAAGCUGGUGGGAAGAAGCUUCAGAAGGUGACGCUGAAGGUUUCUCCUCGAGGGAUUAUUCUCUAUGACAGUGUAUCAAACCAGCUAAUAGAGAAUGUGUCCAUAUACAGGAUAUCAUACUGCACGGCUGAUAAGAUGCAUGAUAAAGUGUUCGCCUACAUCGCUCAGAGUCAGCGCAACGAAACGCUGGAGUGUCACGCGUACCUCUGCACAAAGAGGAAAGUGGCUCAGGCGGUGACGUUAACCGUGGCUCAGGCUUUCCGUGUGGCGUUUGAGUUUUGGCAGGCUGCUAAAGAAGAGAAAGAGAAGCAGGUGAAGUGUGGAUCUGAUGGAGAAGCGGCCAGCAGCUCUCAGUCGGAGAGUUCAGUCAGUCUGGGCAGCACCAAAGGAGGAGAGGUGGCCACUGGGGAUCUACUGGACCUUGAAAUUGGAGUAAAGGAUCACUCAGGAAAAGACGCCACACACCCGGCACAGAACCUCAGCACAGAGAACAACAACACUGUCUGGGAACUUGAGGAUGGUCUAGAUGAGGCUUUCUCAAGACUCGCUGAGUCUCGCACUAACCCCCAGAUGCUGGACAUUGGGGUAAACCCUCAGGACUACAACCCUGAAGAGUGCCUGUCGCCUAGCAACUGGGACAGAGGCGAUGCUGAGGCUGCUGAUGCGGAGGACGCGUUCGGAUUCUGAUCGGAGGACCGCGGAGGAACCACACUAAAGCGAUGGAGCUCGUCUCAGCGGCGCCCUCUGGCGGCCUCAGAGCACUCCGCGCCCGGCUUUGAGUUGACAUGAGGGUCGGCAAACCCAACGAGAUGACUUCAACAAAAUCACAGACCAAAGCAAUAACACCCCACCCCUCUCCCCAAAUUAUGUUUAAGUAUAUUGAGAUUUUAAGUUUUCUGUUAGUAUACUUCCCAUAACCCCCCCCCUUUUUGUUGUAUGAAUAUGAAAUGUAUGUGCACAACAAUAACAAUAACAAUAACUAAUAUUUGCUGAUUUGUUAUUAUUAUUAUUAUUAUUAAUGGGUUUAAUUGCUGAGGCUAGCUUUGCAAUUCUAUGCAGUCGAAUUUCUGAAUAUAUAGUGUGAUUUAUUUUAGAUUUCGGGGCAAUGCUUACUAAAUUACAUGAUGUUUGACGUUUGUGUGGAGUUGGAUUGUGAUUUUUUUAAGUGGUGAAGGUGUCGUAUAUGUGAGUCGUCUGCCCUCCGAUGUGUGUAAAUGAAUGAUAAGCAGACACAAAGCAUGGAC